AUUUACAUGCGUGGCUGUCGACUCGUAAUCUAAAUAGUCAGUUGGUCGGUUCAUAGAAAUUUGUCCUACGUCGUCUAUAUUUUAAGUAAACCCAAAGUAAAGUUUAUAAAAUUGAAAAUUGAGAUAAGCAAAUGGUUUUUUUCCUAAAUAUUUGUUGCAAAAAUUAAGUUAUCAUUAAUUUUUAUUUUUAUUUAAAUAACUUCAUUAUUUUAUAAUUUAAUUUGCCUACAACAGUUUGGUAUGACAACAAUAUUAAAGUAUCCGAAAUCAGUUUGGUAUAUAAUCGGAAAUGAGUUUUGCGAAAGAUUUAGUUAUUUUGGACUUAAAGCUGUAUUGGUUUUAUUUUUCACAACAAUACAAGAAUAUGACCAUGAUACUUCCACGAUUAUAUUUCAUAUGUUUUUAGUCUGUGCAUACUUAUCACCAUUGUUUGGUGCCAUCAUCGCAGAUUCGUAUUGGGGGAAAUAUAAAACCAUCUUUAUCUUGUCUAUUGUACAUGCAAUAGGAAAUAUCUUGGUGGCUGUUGCAUCAUUUGUCACUUCGAUAAGUUUAAAUUUUCAAAGAUUAUUUACGAUAAUUGGUCUACUGUUAACAUCAAUUGGAGCAGGUGGUAUAAAACCGUGCGUCUCUUCUUUUGGUGGUGACCAGUUUGUAGUACCAGAUCAAGAGGAUCAUCUGCGAAAGUUCUUUUCUGUAUUUUACUUUACUAUUAAUGCGGGGUCAUUGUUAUCGACGUUCAUUACACCAGAACUGAGGAAAUCAGUUCAGUGUUUUGGAAAAGAUUCAUGUUUUCCAUUAGCAUUUGGGGUUCCUGCUAUUCUUAUGUUGAUUUCAAUAGUAUUCUUUGUAAGUGGGAAAAACCUGUAUAAGAUCAAGAAACCCGUGUCCAGUAUCAUCACAACUUCAAUUGGAUGCAUGUUUUAUGCGUUGAAAAAAAAAAUAACUGCUUCAUCAAAUGAAACGAAAAGAAAUGAUUGGUUAGAAUAUGCAGAUGAUAAGUACAAUACACAUAAAAUAUCAGAAUUGAGAUCAGCGUUGGACGUUAUGUAUUUGUUAAUUCCAAUCCCGUUGUUUUAUACACUUUUUGAUCAACAAGGGUCUCGUUGGACAUUACAAGGAACUCUCAUGAACGGCAAGAUAGAAUUUUUGAACUGGUCCAUCAAGCCUGAUCAAAUACAUUUAAUUAAUCCGUUGUUUGUUUUGAUAUUCAUACCACUCUUUAAUGGUGUAGUCUAUCCAAUUUUGUAUAAGAUUGGUAUAAAUACACCUUUAAAAAAAGUCACUCUAGGUGGAAUAUUUGCUGCAUCGUCGUUUGUAUGUUCUGCUGUCGUGCAGUAUAUUAUUACUGGUCAUCCCUUAUUACUGCCGUCAAAUGAAGGUCAAUUAAGAAUAUACAAUAAUUUUGAUUGCCGUGUAGCCAUGUCCGGUUCUUUGGUUGGAAACUUCAGUAUUGAACCAUUAGAUGCACUUCAUAUUAAUUAUAGUUCAGCUGUAUUUAAUGAAACUGAUGUUCUAUCUAUGGACGUAAAUCCUAAGUGUCAAUUAAAAACGGGUACUUUGAAACAACGUGUUUUUAUAGUCCAAGGAAGGGUUUCAUCGUAUUUAUUAACAUCUAAAAACAAUAAUGAUAUUGAAUUAAACAAUUUAAGCGAAUUGAGGAAAUUAAGGAGUGGAAAUUCAAAUCUCAGGAUUUCCUACAGUGAUAAUUUGUCCGGAAAAAGCAUUACAUUAAGGAAUACAGAUAAUAAAUUAUCUGAUAUUAAUAAUUUUCAAGCAGUGCUAUUAAACAAAAAUACAAACCAUGAAAUACCUGUUGGAACUUAUGAUAUAUACCUAGACAAUGAACACAUUUUGAAAAAGAUAGAUUUACUACCGGCUAGUGUUAAUGAGUUAAUAUUUCACCAACGUUUUAACCUUACGAACGCCAAGUUAAUUACUUUAGAAAAUGGAAAAUAUAUACAUAUUCUAUGGCAAGUUCCUCAAACGCUUUUAAUUACAGUAGCUGAAGUAAUGAUCAUCGUUACAUUAUUGGAGUUUACGUUCACCCAAGCUCCAUUAAGUAUGAAGUCUUUUAUAUCUGCAGCCAAUUUAUGUACUCAAGCAGUUGGCAAUUUACUUAUCGUUAUUAUAUCUAAGAUGAGAUUGUUUGAGAAUCAAGUUCAUGAAUACAUAUUUUACGUAAUAUUAGUAGUUUUAGGCGUCAUAAUAUUUAUGUUGAUGAGUGCCAAGUAUAAAUAUAAAUCUGUAACAGAUAAUCAAUCUAAAGAAUGAGCGAUAGUAUUUUAAAUAUUUAAAUAUAUUUACAAUAUUUAGCUGCAGCAACAUCAAAGAUCGAAAUUUAAGGUAACUCAUCGAAAUCUUAAAAGGAUUUCACAUUUUAAAUUGCUCACAAUAUUUUAUAUUAAUUGUUAUUUGUUAUUUAUAUUAUAAUUACACAUUCAUGUAUACAAUACACAUAUUAUUAUAUUAAUAUAUUGAUUUAUUAUCAUAAGAUACUGUAA